AUUCCUUCAUUCUCUUUCUCAUUUCUCGAUCCAACAAUACUGCAUUUGAUCCAUGGAGGUUGAUUCUGUUCCCGGUGGAAAUUCCGUUUCUUCAGCAAUUCCAUCCAACACCAUGUCGGCGGCCGCCGCAGCAUCCUGUGCUCCAUCUUCGAAGUUAACUCAGUUGUCUGAAUCAUUAAAGCUAGAGCAUCAGUUCAUGAGGGUUCCGUUCGAGCACUACAAGAAAACGAUCCGCACUAAUCAUCGGAUUGUUGAGAAGGAGAUCUCUUCUGUUGUCUCCUCAGUUGUUGACGUCGCAGAUAGCGAGUUAUCUCCAGGCGAUGCAGUUCAACGCCUAAAUUCACUGGUCUUUAGGUUACAAGGCCUGAAAAGGAAGCUGGAAGAAGGUGGUCUUGCAGAGAACAUGCAAGCACAAAAAUGCCGAGCACGCAUAGAUCAUCUUGAAUCAGCUGAUGCAGAAAACUUAUGCGAAUGGAACAACACACGUUUGAAGCGAAUACUCGUGGACUACAUGCUGCGGAUGUCCUACUAUGAUACUGCAGAAAAGCUGGCCAAGGACAGCGAUAUACUGGAUUUUGUUGAUAUUGAUGUAUUUCAUGAGGCAAAAAAAGUAAUCAUUGCCUUAAAUAACAAAGAUGUAGCUCCUGCACUAGCUUGGUGUUCUGAAAACAAGUCUCGACUGAAGAAGUCCAAGAGCAAGUUUGAAUUCCAAUUGAGACUUCAAGAAUUUAUAGAACUGGUUCGUGCUGUUAAGCACCUGGAUGCUAUUGCGUAUGCACGUAAAUAUCUUUCACCGUGGGGAGGUACUUAUUUGAAAGAAGUCCAGAGAGUAAUGGCCACGCUAGCUUUUAAAGGUACCACUGAAUGUCCAACAUACAAGGUGCUAUUUGAAGCAAAACAAUGGGAUUACUUGGUUGAACAAUUCAAACAGGAGUUUUGCAAGCUAUAUGGGAUGACUUUUGAGUCUCUGCUGAACAUUUUCUUGCAAGCUGGCUUGUCUGCACUCAAAACACCAUUUUGUUAUGAAGACGAUUGCACAAAAGAAGACCCACUAUCACAAGAGCUCUUCCGCAAACUAGCAAUGCCUUUGCCAUUCUCGAAACAACAUCACUCAAAGCUGGUCUGUUACAUAACAAAGGACUUAAUGGACACUGAGAAUCCUCCACUAGUCUUGCCUAAUGGACAUGUCUACAGCACAAAGGCUAUGGAAGAAAUGGCCAGAAAAAACAAUGGCGUGAUUCAAUGUCCAAGAACCGGAGAUAUAUGCAAUUUCUCCAACUUAGUCAAGUCGUACAUUUCAUGAAUCCUUCUUCCUUCUUCGCGAUCACCCUUGUCAGUGGAAUCAAUUACUCUAUUAUCUCUUUCACAGUUAUUAGGUGGGCAUUAUUAUUGUACAUAUGAAACUUGUUUGUACUUUUUCUAAUAACUCACAUAUUACUUGAAACAUUUACCAAAUCUCUUAAUGAGUGGCUUUUUCUUGUA